AUGCAGUUGGCAAUUGGCAGUUGCGGAUCCUUUGUUUUCUGGAGCCGGUGUGUCCUGGACAUAGACAGGCCAAAGACAAUCAUAUUACACACUCGCAGCAUGUCGACGACUGAUGUUACGGGUACAUCGACUCAGCAAGUGCUGACGUCGCUGGUUUCGAAUGGUGUUAUCUUUGGUGCUUUCAUGACUGGUUUUCUACUGCUGAGAAUUAAGUUGAAGAGAAUAUACGAACCCAAGUCCUCUUUUGCUCUGAUUGCUGAAGAAAAAAGACCGGAGCCCUUGCCCAGUGGUCUAUGGCAAUGGUUUCUGCCUCUGUUGAAGAAAUCGGAUAAUUUCAUCAUUAAACAGGCUGGUUUAGACGGGUAUUUCUUUUUGAGGUAUCUGUUUCUAAUUGCUGCCUACACUGGUUGUUCUAUCGUCUAUGUGUUCCCGAUUUUGUUAUCUGUCAAUGCUGCAAAUGGUGGCAACUCCGCUGGUUUGGACGUUUUAGCUUAUCAGAAUGUUACCGACCCAAAACGAUACUACGCGCACGUCUUUGUUGGCUGGGUUUUCUUCUGGGGAUUCAUCUUGCUGAUGUAUAGAGAAUUAUACUAUUACAACUCUGUGCAACAAAAUGUGGUCUCUUCUAACAGAUAUGCCAAGAAACUGUCGUCAAGAACUGUCCUGUUCACUACGGUGCCAAAACAAUAUCUGUCAGAGACUGAAUUUUCGAAGUUAUUCGACGGUGUAAAGAGAGUUUGGAUUGCAAGAGCACAGAAUGGUGUUGAGAAGUUAGUUAAAGAGAGAGAAAACAUGGCAAUGAACUUAGAAAAUAUCCUGAACAAUUUAUUGAAAAAAAAAAUUAAAAAAAUUGGAAAAGAUAUCAAGAAAAAUAAAGAAACUGAUGAUAUAAAAUUAAUUAAUAGGAUUCGGUAUGCUAACUCGAUUGAUAAAAUUGUGACCGUUUCUGAGUUUUUAACCGACAAAGAAAGACCAAAAUUAAGAGUUCAAAAAUGGAAAUUCUGGACCAAGAAAGUCGAUGCAUUAGAUUAUUUUAAAGAACAAUUGCCGAUUCUUAAUGCAAAGAUUGGAGACUUGCAAUCAAAUCAAAUGGAUUCCUCUCCAUUCAAUUCUGUCUUUGUUGAAUUCGAAUCACAAUAUCAAGCCCAGGUCGCCUCUCAAUUAGUGCCAUACCAUGCUCCAUUAUUCUUAACUCCUUCAUACAUUGGUAUUCAUCCACAAAGUAUUAUUUGGUUCAAUUUAAGAAUGAUGCCUUAUGAAAGGCUUAUUAGACAAACUGCCGCUACUGCAUCGAUGUGUGCUUUAGUCAUUGUUUGGGCAUUCCCAGUGGCUUUUGUUGGUUUGAUCUCAAACAUUACCUAUUUAACAAAUAAAUUGCCAUGGUUGAAUUUCAUUUAUAAAUUACCAGAUGUUUUGUUAGGUCUAUUGACUUCAUUGGCUCCAACUGUUGCUUUAGCUUUAUUAAUGAUGUGUUUACCUGUUAUCAUUAGAAACGCUGCGAAAUUCGCAGGUGCGCCAUCUACACAAUACGUUGAAUAUUAUACUCAACAAACUUAUUUUGCUUUCCAGGUUAUUCAAGUUUUCUUAGUUACUACAAUAGCUUCUGCCGCUACCUCUACAGUUACACAAAUUGUAGAAGAACCAACAAAAGCUAUGGAACUAUUAGCAGAAAAUUUGCCGAAGGCUUCCAAUUUUUAUAUUGCUUAUAUUAUUUUGCAAGGUAUGUCUGUUACAGGUAGUGCUUUACUACAAAUUGUUCCGUUAGCAAUUUACUAUACUCUAGGUAAAGUGUUAGAUCCAACUCCAAGAAAGAAAUAUAAUCGUUUUUCAAAAUUGGCUUCACUGUCAUGGGGUACAACUUUCCCAGUUUACACAAAUUUAGCAGUUAUUAUCUUUUCUUAUGCAAUCAUUUCUCCAAUCAUUUUAUUGUUUGCCACAUUUGGUUUCUUUUUAUUAUGGGUGGCUUAUCUAUAUAAUUUGAAUUAUGUCUAUGCUGAAGCACCUGACGCUAGAGGUAUCCAUUAUCCAAGAGCUUUGUUCCAAACUAUGGUGGGGCUAUACAUUGGUCAAAUUUGUCUAUUAGGUUUAUUCGUUGUCGGUAAAGGUUGGGGUCCAAUCGUUUUACAAAUUGUUUGUUUGGUAGUAACUGUUUUAUUACAUCUAUUCUUGAACCAUUGUUUCGAUCAUUUAAUGAAGAAUAUUCCAAUUGACACCAUGAAACCAUUAGAUGGUGAAUCACACACUGCUUCAUUUAAAAAUAUCUACAGCCAAAAACAUGAUGAUCCAUUUGGUGACGUUAAGGUAUUACCAAAUUUCCCAAUUAGAAAAUAUCGUUCUCGUUCGGGAAGUGCUGGUACCGAUGUUGAAAGAAUUAAUUCAAAUACCCUUGACGAUAAAUUUAAUAUUCAGUAUGAAGUUUCCAAUACAAAUAAUAAUGGUUUAGUGGAGAUGUUUAAUGGCGAUAUAAGCGCAACCCCAUUGUUAGCCGAUGGUGAUGAUUCCGCAAUCCCAACAGCUCCAUUCUGGAAGAGAUUUAUUUUCCCACAUACUUAUUGUUCAUAUAAGGCUGUUAAAAAUAGAAUCCCAGAUAUUUAUCAUGUACCUGACCCUGAUGAAAUCACCGACCCUGAUGAACUAGAACAUGCUUACGACUACCCUGCAGUCAGUGCUAAGUGCCCAUAUCUAUGGAUUACAAAGGAUCCAUAUGGGUUCUCACAGAGUCUGAUCACUGAUCUAGCUGAAGUAAUCAAGAUUUCUGAUGAAGGUGCAUCAUUAGAUGAAAAUGGUAAGAUUACUUGGGAAGGAACUCCCCCAUCUUAUGAAUAUAAUCUGGAUCCAUUGAGAGAUUCAGAUGCUAAAGAUAUUGAAAUAAAUUAUGCAGAUUCACCAAUUGACAAAGAUGACCCUUUUACAGAUGAAGGUAAAUCACCUCGUGAAGGCGAAAAAUCUUUAUAA